AUGGCUGCUGACAUUUCAAGAACAGAAGUGCUGAAAAGUUUAGAAAUCAAGACGUCAAAGGUACGCGUUUGGCUUUUUCGACUUAUUGUUUUUUUUUAAGUUCAUCGAGCAGUGUCAUUUACUUUUUGAGCUGGAACUGUCUGGAGAGGAACGCAAAGAGGUAGAAAAUGCCUUGAAAGUUGCUAAUAAUAACAGUGAGUAUAAACUAUUUGAAUGAUUUCCUGAAGUGAAAAUUUUUUAAGUACAAAAGUACAAUGAACUGAAAUUGAAGCGUGAGCAAUCUGAGGAUACUUCAAAAGGUAUCUCAGUCCAAAUUCAUUCUAUACUGGUUGUUCAGCUGUGGAAAAGUUUUUGCUGGCUGAACUUCCUGAUGGAAUGAAGCAAUCAACUAACUUUUCUAUCAGUGAAAUGAGUUUGAACCAAACUAAGGGCGAAUUGGCUUCCUUUGAGCUCAAAAUUCAGAGGUUUACUUUCAAAAAUUUCAUUUUUUAUUAUACGUUUUAAGAGAUUUCGUAACUCAUCGAGACUUGAGAAACACCAUGGAGAGAAAGAAGUCGAUGUUAAAAUUUGAGAAAGAAAGAGUAUAUUUAAUGCUUCUUAAUCAUUUCAUGUUUAAUGUCUUAGGUAGAAAAUCGCCAACAGAAAGACAAGUCUUUAAAUGAGGAGCAGCGCGAACUACUCGAAAGGAUCUCAACGAACUUGGAUAAAUCACAAUGCGCCAUUCGAGUCCGAAUGGUAUCUAUUGGUUUUUUCCUGAUGAGAAUGUAUGUUUUUUUUCAGUUGAAAGAUGAAAUAGCUCAAGUCAAGAUCAGAAAUUCUGUUUUGACGAAACAGUUGGAUGAAAAAACUGUGAAGUGCAGAGAAGUGGAUGCUAGCUGUCUGUUAAAUGUAGGGGAUUUUUUUUAUCAAUUAACUUCUUUCAGUGAAAGCCAAUAAGAAAACGCCCAUCAAAAAUUUCUUCAUUGAUUGUGCCAAAAGCUACGUUAUGCACAAAAAGGUGCAGUCACGGCUGAAAAUUCUGCAGAAAUCUGUGUCCAAAUUAGAGGCGAGUGCCGUCUUUUUUUUGGCGUUUAAAAAUUUUUAGGAGGAAAUCUCGAAAAAUGGAUCUCAAAGAUCGCUCGACGAUACCAUACACUUCGAUUGCUCAUUCAUCCAGACAGCGGUAAUUAUGAAUGUGAGUUAAAUAAUUCGGGUCUUUUUUUUUUAAGAAUGCCAAAGAAAUUGAGUCAAAACGUCUGUCAUCUUCUUCUGCGGUUUUCGACUCUAAAUGGAGAAAACAAAUCGAAAAAGAAGCUGUUAUAUCUGAAAAGCGUCUGGAACCAGAAACGCCUCGCCCAGAAAAAACUCACAGAAAAGAUCCUCCUGUGAACACGUCAGUUCAAGUGAAAGAUUUGAAAUCGAAACCAACGAGAGAAGCUCAACCUGAACCUGAGCCUGAACCCGAGCCCGAGGAAGAUAGCCCACUUCGAAUCGAUGAAGAGGUUGGCGUUAUAUAAAUGACAGAACAGAAUAGCUAGGAAAUUGGAGGCGAAAAAAAUAGGUUAGAAAAAGGCUGUUCCGCGAUCAGCUGUAUUUUUAUGUGAAUUCUCUUGUUUUUUUAUUUUCAGUUAGGUGUAUUAUUUUAAAGUAUCCUUUCUGCGGUUGUUACAGAAAAAAUUAAGAAGAAGAAUAAAAAAUAAAGAUUGAAGAAAAAAAAAGUUGAGAGAAGGUUUCAGGUUAGAAUUUUAUAAAGGCAUUUUUUCAGCCAUUUUACUCUUCGGCUUCUUUUCGAAUAUGAGUUUCAGUUCGGAAAUGAAGAGGCAGAUGAGCCGAUGGAAGCGCAAGUAGAAGAGGUUCCAGAGCCACAUGUUGAACCUCAGGUUUUUAUUUGAACUUCAAGCAACACGUUCAGAAACUUUUUCAGGAGGAGCGUCUCGAAGAAGGAGAUGAUGAUGACUUGGAGCGGAAUGUCGUCAAGGAAAACGAAGAAGUUCGCCCAAUGGUAGAUAAUUUUCCCGAGUAUUUUCGACUGAAAUUUAUGAAAACCGCAGGAAGUUGACGAAAAUGAAGAAUUAACAGAAGAUAACGCGGACGCCGCUCAUACAUCUUUUUUCAAUGAUGUUUGUAACAUUUUGGUUAAGAAUCAACUCCAGUUACGUUCAGUUGAUCAGAAAUGUUGAGAAGGAUGUUGCUGCGAAAGCUGCGAAAAAGGCAAAGCAGCCGAAUGAUGGCCAAGAGGAGUAUGUUUGGUUUUCUUAGUUGCUGUUAUUCAUCUUUUCCAGACCCGAAAGUCUGAAUAGUUCGAUGUCGGAAGCGAUUUUGGACAUUAGUAUGAAUAGUCAAGGUUUAGAAAGUCUGGAAUUAAAAAAAUAACUGUGUUUCAGACCCGGCUGGCGACAUCCUAAACGCGGUGGAAUCGCGUUUAGAAGGUGAUGACAAUGAUAGCCAAGGUAUCUUUUCUUUCUAUCAAAGUGCAGACAACUUUUUGCAGGAAAAGAAAGCAAUUUUUCGUUUACGAUGUUCGCUGAUAACAGCGAUCUCGGCGGAGCUGGAGGUGAGACUUUCGACAUCGAAAAAAAAAGAAGUAUUUUCUUGUAGACGUUUUCGACUUCAAUUUUGACGCCGGCCCUCUGGACGCCGGAAACGACCAACCUUUCGUCUUCUCUCAAGGCGACAACGACAACGAUCCUUUCAAUUUCGGGGCCAAAGAAACCGGCGGAUCAUCCUUCGACUUCAACUUUGACAUGUCUUCUUCCGGAAAAAGCAACGAUGGAGGAUUCCUUUUCUAA